CCUUUCCUCCCCCACCCCCACCCACCUUCUCCCCAAGCCCUAGAUGUCCCCCUCCCCUUCGCCUCGCUCCCCACACCGCGCCGCCGCCUCUGCCCCCUGCCCGCUCCGAUCCCACCAGAUCUCGGGCGAAUCCGCUCCCCAGGCGCCUCCCGCGCCCCGAUUCGGCGCCGGUGCGGCCGGAAUCGGCUCCGAUUUGGGGUACUUUUAGCGGCGAUUUGUUUGUUUCUAGCGGCCGUUUUAGAAGGGGCGUUUCGGGCCGGUGGAUGGAUGCUGUGGAGAUUCCACUGCCAGCUAAGGUGGAUUUCGGCAAGAUUUUGAUUUCGUCGGCUGAGGGGGUGGACGGAGGUGUUGGUGGUGGAGGAGGCGCGGGCGGGGAGGUCUUGAGGCGCUGUGCAGAUGCGGAUCGCCGGAACGGCGAUCUGAAGCAGCAUAUUGACAACGCAGAAAGCAGUUCUUGUUAUAAAAAUAAAAGGACUUCUUUGGAAGUCUCUAUGCAGAAACCUGUUGCUGGUGGCAUUAAGUCUGAGAACAAUGGCAAACGGGAUUACAUUGGUACUGUCACUGUUCAAUCCUUGCAUAAGCAAGAUAGCAAGAUUCUUACCAAAAAGACCAUAAAGUUGUUGGAUGGACCACCUUGCCCAAAAAGGCCAAAGCUAGAGCCAGCUCAAAUCACUAGAGACACUGAAGCCAAGGGCCAUGACUUGUUGUCACAGAAGACUGUGCAUGAAUCGAUGCAAUGCACACCAUCUGAAAAAUCUCGGUUGCUAAAGCAGAAGCGCAUUUCUGAUGCGAAAAGAAUUGACAAGAAGAAUGCUAGGUCUGGUGCCAGAUCUAAAUAUGAUUGUUUCACAUCAAAGUCUGGUUUAGGAAAUUAUGAUUCCGGUUUCUUGGGAAGCAGCAUGCUUGGGGCACAUGGCAUAAAAUCUGAUAUCCGUGACAUCACAAAUCACAUUGAGAAUCUCUCAUUGAGCGAACUUCUCAAUGGAACUUACAAGUAUUCCAGCUUAGGAAGAGAAAAAGGAAAGAAAGUACUGCACACAAAAGACGAACUCCUAGCCUCUGUCAGAAAAGCUUUUUCUAUGCUAUCUGACGUGGACCGUAAUCAUGGAAAGGAUGUUAAUCUCUGCACUAGUCCAAGGCUGCAUUCAGCAAGCACCUCCAGCUGUGACAUCAAAGACCAAUGUAGUGACAAACCAUCUUCUUUGAUAAAGGACCCUUCACAAACUGAGGUCUGCAAUACUAUGCUUCAUUGUCCAAAGGAUAUGCUAAGCCGUUUAACACUUCCCCAAGGACAUGAUCUCGAUUCUCUUUUAUCGGUUGGAAGUGAGAGCUCAGCUGCAAUGCCUUCCAUAACAAUUCAUGGAGCUAGUUUGCCACCAUUUCCUUGGUCACACUCACAAGCUGGGGGUUAUCGACCAAGUGUUGACUCUGGUAAACAUGGGUCAAGUAGGAGUAACUCCCAUUGGCAGUGGAUGAGAGUUGGAUCAUAUCCCAUUGCUCUAGAUUAUGAAGAUUCAGCUGUCCAUAAAAUUGAUGAUCUUCUUCAAGAAAUGGAUACUGUAAAAUCAUCUAUCACGGAUUCAUGUGACAGAAUAUCUAACUUGUGCUGCAUGGAAUCAACUUCUGGAUCCCUUGGACAUAUUUACUCGAGGAAAAUAGGAAGCGAGCAUGGUCCGCAGCAUCUGAAUCCACUGGACUAUGGGGGCUCCUCAGAUAGCUUCCAGAAGUACGACAGUGAGCGCUCUCUUCUAAAGACACCACAAGCAUCACCAAAGAUAUGGCGUGCUGCUGAGACCUUAUGUGAUAUGAGAAGAAGUACUGAAAAAUGGAGUACCCAAGGAUACAUCAACGGGACAAUAAAGUGGCCAAAGUCACCACCUGAAAAGGUGAAAGCCCGGAAGCCCUCAUCCCCAUUUGGUACAGCUGAGAGUUCAUCUGGCUCUCGGAAUAGCGAUGCAACUCGAACCGGAAAUGGCCACUCUUCCAAGAAAUUAGUAGAUAGGAAGAAUGAUUCUGCACGGAUCAGCAACCCAGGGAAAGGCCCUAUCAGGUGGCCUGUUCCUAUUGAAGAUGGUGCAUCUCCUGUCAGGCCUGAGAAGGUCCCUACGCUUGAAGUGAGACAGACCCACGGGAAUGCUGCUCGGCAUCCGAUUCAGGUAUCAUCGCAGGCACGGCUUGAAAAGGAGUACGAGAAUGAGCAAAAACGGAGGAAAGCAACAUUGGCCUCGUCUCUAGGAUCAGCAGAUUGGAACAGGGAGAGGAACAGGAGACUGUGAAUUGUACAUUAUUCAUGAAACCAUAGAUGCAGCGAUAUAUGGUCUGGGGACAGCGUAAACCAGGCAACUGUUUCAUAAGAGGUCAGGAACACGGGGAGAUGCGUUAAUUUAGGUGGCGGAUGAUGUAUUUAUUGGGCAUUUGUUGGUGGAAUUGUUGUAACAAGUGUAGUUCCUCUUUUUUAUUUGCCAUCUUAUCACAUGUCUCUACCUGUCUGAACAGCUUCUGUUGUGCGUUAGUAAUUUAGUAUGUCUCAGCUUACUCGUGUCUGGAAGUAAUAAUAGCAGGGCAGAUUAAUUGCAUUCGUGCAGCGGUUUGCAUUAUUUUGUUUA